CAAGGCUUUUUUAUCGCUUGCUUAUUUCCCGAGUCUGCGAUCUCCUUGCCCGCCAUGAUUGUGAGCUUUACCCCCUGAGUUUCGAAACGGCGGAUCAGUUUUACUCACUCCAGUAGGAGUCGUUUCUCUCGCCCAUAUAGGUAGGUAACGGACAUUAUUUUCGGCCGCCGUGUCUUCCAUCUCGUUUGCAACUCCAGAGUCCUUUUGUGAUUCGGAUUCCUCUUGAAGAAUUCUGGGAUACAGAAAGGGGCCUUGAGGAAUUUUCAUGUACUCACCUCAUGAAGUAAUUCAAUGAAAGCCCAGUUUAUAAAGUCAAUCGAUAGUAUAUCACGAUUCAGAAUAUGAUUCCUCACAAUAAAUCCUCUGUGCAAGCUAGAAAAUGAGGGGCAAGCAAUGGUCCAAAUAUGAAAACUGCGCAGGCACUGCAAAAUCGGCUUCAAUUUGAAGUCUCUAUUGUCAUUGUGGAAUCUCUAUCGCCAAAACAAUGCCAGAGCCAUGGAGCAGUGUAGAAAGAAGAUGCUUGUACCUUCUCCAGGAGAACAACUCCGUGUCCUGUCUCCUCCAAAUCCACGCCUUCAUGCUCCGAAAUGCCCUCGACUCCAACGUCAAUCUCCUCACCAAGUUCAUCUCAAGCUGCUCCUCUCUCGCCCUCGCUGCUUCAUCCUCACGACAUACCCCUCUUGGUAUUAUCCGACACACUCGUCGCGUGUUUGAUCAAAGGCCCCACAGGGACGAUGCAUUCUUAUGUAAUUCCAUGAUGAGUGCUUAUCUGGCUGUGCACCAAUCCUUUGAGUCUCUGACUCUGUAUAGAGAUCUUAGGAGGAAAACGGGCUUUAAUCCCGAUAAGUAUACCUUUACCAUUCUGGCCAAGUGUUGUACCAUGAACAUGGCCGUUACAGAAGGUGCAGAAGUACAUGGUGGUGUUGUGAAAUCUGGGAUUUCCUCGAAUGUGUAUGUAUCCACGGCUCUGGUUGAUAUGUAUGCCAAGUUUGAGCUUAUGGGUAGUGCGCAUAAGGUAUUCAAUGAAAUGACUGAGAGAAGUCAAGUGUCGUGGACGGCACUUCUUGUUGGAUAUGCGAGGUCUGGAGAUAUGAAUGAAGCGAGCAAGCUUUUUGAGCAGAUGUCUGAGAAGGAUAGUGCUGCAUUUAAUGCAAUGAUUGAUGGCUAUGUGAAGUUGGGGACUAUGUGUUUGGCUCAAGAUUUGUUUGACAAAAUGCCCAAUAAAAAUGUGAUUUCUUGGACUAGUAUGAUCUCUGGAUAUUGUCGUAAUGGUGAUGUUGAAUCUGCUAGGUUGAUGUUUGAUAAUAUGCCUGAGAAAAACGUGUUCACUUGGAAUGCAAUGAUAGGUGGAUACUGCCAAAAUAAACAACCCAAUAAAGCUUUGGAAUUGUUUCAUGAAAUGCAAAGAAGUGAAUCUGUGGAACCAAAUGAAAUAACAAUUUCAAGUGUUCUUCCUGCUAUAGCUGAUUUGGGUGCUUUAGAUUUAGGGGUUUGGAUUCACAAGUUUUCCCAAAGGAAAAGGUUUGACAAAUCUGGUCAUGUAUGCACUGCACUAAUUGAUAUGUAUGCAAAAUGUGGUGAAAUUACAAAAGCAAAAUUACUUUUCGAUAAAAUCACUGAAAAAGGAGUUGCCUCUUGGAAUGCUUUAAUAACUGGUUUUGCAACUAAUGGUCGUGCAAAGGAGGCUUUGGAGGCUUUUGCAGUGAUGUUACAGGAAGGAUUAAAGCCAAAUGAGAUAACUAUGAUUGGCGUAUUAUCUGCUUGCAACCAUUGUGGCUUGGUUGAGGAAGGAAAAAGAUGGUUCCAAGCAAUAGAGAAAUUUGGCCUUACUCCACAAAUUGAGCACUAUGGCUGUAUGGUUGAUCUUUUAGGAAGGGCUGGGUGCUUGGAUGAGGCUGAGAAAAUUAUUGAGAGCAUGCCUUACAAUGCUAAUGGGAUAAUACUAAGUUCUUUUCUAUUUGCAUGUUGGUACUACAAAGAUGUUGCAAGGGCAGAGAGAGUACACAAAGAGGCUGUCAAAAUGGAUCAGAUGAGUGGUGGAGACUAUGUGAUGUUGAGAAAUACGUAUGCAACAGAGCAAAGGUGGAUUGAUAUGGAAGAUGUUAAAUACAAGAUGAGGAAUAGUGGAUCAAAUAAAGAGGUGGGUUGCAGUGUUAUUGGAGUUGACUCUGGCUUUGCGGAGUUUGUGGCUGGUGAUUGCUUGCAUCCUCAUCAAGAAAUUAUUCACUUAACCUUGGGGCAGUUAUGGAAGCACAUGAAGUGAGGAAAUGGUUGCUUUGACAUGUUUCAAGAAGCUGAGAUAUGGAUUCUCUCUAUUCUCGACAUAUAGCCCAUUACAGCAUUAAACCCUAUAACUGCUUAUUGGGCUAAAAUCAUUGGAGCAUAGUUGAGAAGAUGGUGAGGCAAGGAAGGAUAAUGCUUAAGGACGUUAUGCAGAUAUAAAGACACCAUUUCAACCCUUCUAAAAGAGAAUAAUUAGGCAUUGGUGGAGAAACUCUCAGCUAUGAAUCAUCCUGAUGGGGAUUGUCCGUUGUGUUUGUACCUUCUAGUACCAGAAGAUCUGCAAAAUAAAUCAUUUCCUUCUUCGAAGCUAAUGUCAUGUUUCCAUUGCUUUCGGAAUGUAUCACUGGAUGGUGGAAUUGGCUGCAAAGGUUUAAAGAAGUAGAAUCUUCCGAUUCAGCUGCUGCAAGUGCACGUUCUACUCAUCAUGUGGAAACAGGGAAAGGUUUUCAGACAAUUGUUGGAGCCAAUGAUAGAUGCAGAAACGAUAAAGAUAUAUCCAGUAACAGAGCUACAUGAAAGUUUGUGGGAAACUGAAUUUGAAGGUUCAAUUUGUGGAUUCAUGGAAGGAAUCAGAGAAAGUGGAAGUGCUGCCGGAUAAUCAAUUUGAUAGCGGAGGCAUUUGUGGAUCCAAAAAAAGAGGUCGCUCAGAAUAGAGCAGCACAAGAUGCUUUGACAAAAAUUCUGACCAUUUUGAGGAUUAAAGAUCUUCACAAUACAACUACUUUAGAUGACGACAUAGUUUUUUUUUUUUUUUUUUUGUCAAAGAGGAUGACGACAUGGUUGAUUAAUUUUUUUUUUUUGUACUUUUUAUUUGUCCUCUAUUUCACGUACGCACCAAUUCGUGUAUUCCAUGGAUACGUUUCUUCCUUCGGUAUAUGAAUUGACAAUUUUAAUA